GGCUUCUCGAUUUGGCCGCGUCAUGCAUGUGCAUUCUCUGGGCGCCAGGAUGGAAUCUCCAGCACAGACAUCCUCGCUGCCUUUGUCGCGGAGACCGAGGAUAUCCAGCGCUGCCAGUCUCUCUGCGCAGAUCAUGGCAAGGGUUGCCUCUCGUUCAUGCGCCGGGCAUCUGGCGAAUGCUGGCUCUACCGUCAGCGCUGCUCUCCGGUCUUCCGUGAG